CCCAUCCCGACACCAAUCCCGAUCCCCGGUCCCUUCCCGUCCCGCCCCCGCGUGGCGUCAGCCCCGCGACACCGCGUGUUUCCUGCCCACGUUGGUGCCGCCCUUCCCGCGGGAGGCGAUGGCGGAGCGGUCAGCCAUUGUGUGAGAUGCUGCCAAGUGCUGGUGUCUAUUACUUCCCGUGGGAGAUCAACAGCUCGGUCCCCGAGGGGAAGACACUGAGGACAUUUGGCAGGUUAUGCUGCUAUGACCUGGCCCGAUCUGAAGCCAUUCUAACCACACAGCACAACUCAGCUCAGUACCUGGUCUAUGUUGACACCGAGUUUGUGGAGCCAUUCCAAGCCCAAGUGGGAUCUUCCUACAUGGUCCUGGGAGAGGCUGAACACAGGGAAGAAACCUCCAGUCCUGUGAUAAAAGCACGAAUAUUGACCUGCGUGGAAGGGAUGAAUGUGGCCCUGCUGGAACAAGCCAUACAGGAGCAGAGGAAAUACUUCAAUGAGAGGCAGGAGCAGAGGGAAAACAGCACAUCCUGACAGCAGCUCUGAGACCAGCCACACGCUGGUCCUUGCAGAACCAUUUGCAACAAACAUGUUAAAAGUAAAUUAGAAGGUGUGUAUGCUGUGGCAAACAGCAAAGUCACUGAGCAGGUAAACAGUUGAAGACUGAGUCAAUGUGUGUGACUGUGGGUUGUCCAUUCCUGCCCUAGGUGUCAUGACUGACAAUUGCUCUGGGAAGCAGGUUUGUUGUUUGCUUGAAAGGGUGGUUAAGGAAAGGGAACACUUGGGUUACACUGGUUCUUUCGUAAUGCAUGACAUGAAGUCAGAAGAGGUAUCUGGAGUUAAGCAGCUCACCUUUGGCAGAUGGGGGAAAAGGGUAUUAGCACAAAGUUCAUCAGCCCUGCCUGGCUGCGGGCCCAGGAGUGCCUUAUAUUGGGGUACCCUGACUCAAGUGCCACACAGGAACAUUCCUGGCAAAACACUCACCUAGCUGGACUGACCAAAGAAACAAGAAGAACAAAGAGUCACUAUUUUCAGUAGCACCUGCCUCUUCAGGUGGGAAGAACUGGUAUCUAAAGGGAGGAUUAAUUCUAACUCUAAAAUAAAUAUUUGCCGUACCCUGAGUACUUGACUUUCUUCCUUGACACAACUAAGUUUGAGAGACCUUAAAUCACUAUUUUUGAAGUAUCAAAAGAUGUUGAAUGAAAUUUUUCUAAAUAAAGAUGAAAAAAGAAGGGA